AUGGAUCCACAAAACCAGAAACCUCUCGAAAUCCACCUAGUUACCGCAACCGACUCGCCCGAGUUCACUCACCUGACUCGGUGUCUAACUCAAACCUCUCUUAUCGGACUCGACGCCGAGUGGAAACCUGUUCGAACUCAGCAAAAGUCGUUUCCCGCUGUAUCGGUACUCCAAAUCGCGUGCCAACUCGGUGAUGACUCGCUAGGAUUCAGAUUCAAGCAAGAUUUAGUGUAUUUGUCAUCCACUUUCUGUGAUCAGGGAUGCAAUCCUGGUUUCGAUAGGGUUGAACCGUAUUUGGAUAUUACGAGUGUGUACAAUCAUCUUCAGAAUAAGAAAAAUGGAAGAAAUGUAUCGAAGCAAAAUAAGAGUUUGUCAACUAUUUGUGGAGAAGUGUUGGGAGUUUCAUUAUCUAAGGAGCUCCAAUGUAGUGAUUGGUCACAACGUCCUCUUACAGAAGAGCAGAUGACAUAUGCAGCUAUGGAUGCUCAUUGCUUGCUCGGAAUAUUUAAGGUCUUUCAGGCAAAGGUUUCCGAAGAAGGAGAGUUAGAUCUCAAGACCAACCAAUUGUCUAUUUCAAGUGCAAAUCUUGGGUUGAAAGAGCUUUUCAAGAAGCACGAUACGAGUGAUAAAGUUCUUAGUACACAAUUUUGUGAAGCUUUAGCAAUUGUCCAGGCCACUUGUUCUGGUGUUGUUCAGGUGCUGCCUUCAGCAGGGGAAGUGAUUAAAAAGUCAUCAUGCCGGGAUACUAAGCCAAUGGACGCAUUUUUGUUGAAAAUUGUCAAAAAACACGGUGAUAGGAUUUUGCUAAAGGAGUCGGACAGAGCGCCGAAGACCUCAAAAAAGAAACGAAAAAAACCGUUGCCAAUUAAUGGGAUUUCCAGUGAAAAACAUAUAGAGAACUUUGAUGAGUGGCAAGGUACUGCACCUUGGGAUCCACUAGUUGGGGGAGAUGGAUAUCCAAAGUUCCUCUGUGAUGUUAUGGUUGAAGGCUUGGCAAAACAUUUACGCUGUGUUGGGAUAGAUGCUGCAGUUCCUAAUUCAAAGAAGCCUGAACCAAGGGAGUUAAUAACACAAGCACAAAAAGAGAAAAGAGUGCUUUUGACACGGGAUGCAAAGUUGCUAAGACAUGACUAUCAAAUAUAUAAAGUGAAGGGUCUUCUAAAAAAUGAACAGCUACUUGAGAUUAUUGAAACCUUUCAACUAAAUAUUAGCGAGGAUCAGCUAAUGUCAAGAUGCACAAAAUGCAAUGGACAGUUUAUUCAAAAGCCACUUUCAACUGAAGAGGCUAUUGAAGCUGCAAAGGGUUUCCAAAAAAUUCCAAGUUGCUUAUUUAACAAGAACUUAGAGUUUUGGCAGUGUAAGGACUGUAACCAACUUUAUUGGGAGGGAACCCAGUACCAUAAUGCAGUACAGAAGUUCGUUGACAUUUGCAAGUUGAGUGAUUAG